CUUUGGGUUCUGCUGCAAAUCCCACAUUCUUGUUGAAAUACCAAUCAACCUUAAUGCUUCACCAUAGUUUUCACUUCUUUUUUCCCUCUUUCACUUAUCACUCAUAAUAAAGAAACAGAAACAGAAACAGAAACAGAAACAGAAAAAGGAAAAGGAAAAGGAAAAGGAAAAGGAAAAGGAAAAGAAAACAAAUGGCUUCUUCUCUUACCUCAAAUAAAAAACCUGCUCUUUCUCUAAAGAGCUUCAGGAUUAACACAAACUUUUCCACUGACAACCCUGAAAAAAAUCUAAUCAACUUAUCCCACCACUAUCUCCAAAACAACUCCAAUAUCAACAUCAACACCAACAUCGCUCCCGAUAAACUAGCCCCCCACCAUCCCGAACUAUCCUCUUUACUAUACAGAGAUAUCAACGGCCUAAAAAUUGGCCAGGUCUAUCGUUAUCAAAUCACCUUCAAAAGAUUGAAAUUCACCCCAACAUCAAAGAUAAAUCAGCUAUUUGUCAGAAUUAAAAACAUCGAAUCCUCCAUAAAAACUUCCCUAAACCUUCUAGGCCCCUUCACUCUCUACAUUGAUCUCCUCCCCUACAAUUACUAUCUCAAAAACAUCCUUCCAAUUCCCACUGACAAAUCGUUCCUCCAAUUCAAGUCAAACUUAAACCCAGGAAAAUCUUUCAAUCUCGUUUUAAACCUAAACCAAAACUCUCUCGUUAAAGACGAUGGAAACAUCGAAGAAUACAACUGGCAACUAAACAUCUUGUCUCAAAAUCUCCUACAAUCAAGCAUCGCUACAAACUUCGAUCUUCUUAUCGGCUUGAAUCCAUCCCACCUAAAAAAUAUUCACCACAAUAACGACUUGGAUACCUACACAACCAAUAAAAUCAUAUCGAAAAAUCUAAAUUCGCUUUUCUACUCUCUCAAUAUUAAAAGCUACAACACAAACAAGAUCUGGUCAAGUCCUCCCCCAAUCCCAGACAACCAAGACAUCCAUCUUAUCAUACUAACUCAUGGCGUUUACUCCAACGUUGGUGCUGAUAUGCUAUAUCUAAAGGACAAAAUUGAACAACAUAAUUACGAUUUCGUCAAAAAAAAAUUCAAAGACAACAUCAUAGUAAGAGGUUAUCAAGGCAACGUUUGCAAAACUGAUAAGGGUAUUCAAUUUCUUGGAAAAAACUUAGCUAACUACAUCUUUAAAUUAAUCAACAGCCCUAAAUACCCUUAUUCCAAAAACAUUAAAAGAAUCUCCUUCAUUGGUCAUUCCCUAGGUGGUCCAAUCCAAUCGUUCGCAAUAUACUAUCUCCUAAACAAUAAAGCAUAUUACCAGGGCAAAAAUUCUAAUAAAAGACACUUGAACGAUUUAAUUCCAGUUAACUUUAUUGCUUUAGCCUCCCCAUUCAUGGGUGUGUUUUGCGAAUUUGGAAAUCUUAUUAAGUUUGGCUUAAAUAUAGGCUUCUUGGGUAGAACUGGUAAAGAUUUAACUUUAAGCCAUACUUAUUUCAAAUUUUCAAUCAAAUCUGAUGAUAAAAAAAAAAUCACUCCCCUUUCCAACGAUCAAAAUCCCCCCAACAAUAGUAACUCUAAUGAAAAGGAAAAAAAGAAAUUCCAGCUUUUAAAAGAGAAAAAAAGACAGUUCAAACUCAUCUCAAAACCAAUAUUAGAAUUGAUUCCAGAAGAUACAAGAUUUCAUUUCUACUUGAGAAAAUUCAAAAACAGAUGUCUUUAUGCUAAUAUCGUCAAUGACGGUAUAGUUCCAUUAAAUACAUCCGCGUUAUUGUAUCUUGAUUACAAAAGUUUAAUGAACAUCAACAACAUUCAAAAGCAAAAUCAAAAAAGAAUUGAAAACAACCAAAACGAAACUGAAACUGAAAACGAAACUGAAAAUGAAAAUGAAAAUAAAAAUGAAAAUGAAAAUAAAAAUGAAAAUGAAAAUAAAAAUGAUUUUGGAAAAAAGAAAAAAAGGAGACCCCAAUUUCGCAGAAACCAUACUUUAUACUCUCUAAAACGAAAUCCAUCCAGAAAGGUCACUGCUAUUCCCCAAGAAAAAACUAAAAAUCCCAUACUUUACUCAAAACUAAAAAGUAAUAAAAAUCUUGUGACAAACAAGUAUUUUAAUACAAAUAAAAGUUCAGUCAAUCAAAUGCCAAAUGAUACCAACAAUACACCAACUUCUGAAUCUUCCAAUACAUCUAAUCCACCUGCAGAAGCUAAUCUACUUACAAAAUCUGAUCCACCUGUAUCUUUCACUUCUUUACGUCUUCACUCAAAUAAAAAGGACUCAAAUGCUAAUUUCGAUGUCAACUCUAAUAAUGCAGCUUACCUCAAAAUAACCCCCUCUACGACUGUAAAUUCAGUGAGCCCCAGAUCCAAUUUAUCUUCACCAAAUAAACUGAAUCAUUUAAAUAACUCAAACGGUUUGAAAUUGUUUGAUAAGAAUACUGGUCAAAGAGCCAGUGAUUUUGAAGGAAAUCUAUUACCAUACAAAUCGCACUCAAGUUAUUCUUCUUUUCCUGUGCUGCAUUUGAAUUCUGCACCAAAUAGUAUAAUGGGUACAGGUACAGGCACAAAUGGUACAAUACAACAUAAUAAUACAAACGCCAGUCAAAAAAGUUCUCGUCCUAAGAUGAGAAGAAGAUUAUCUAAAAGAGAAAAAAAAAUUCACCGUUUAACAACUGUUCCUGUAUCUACUCCUGAUAAUUCAGCAAUGUCGACUGUAUCUAGUGCUGAGCAAAGCUCAUUAAUGAAGUUAGACAAUAAAUUGAAUAACAGUUCAUCGACACUGUUGGAAGAAAAUAAUUUUAAUAAUCAAGAUCAAUCAAAAUCAAUUCGAAUAAGAGAAGAUAAUGAUAAUGAUAAUAAUGAAUCUAUUUAUAUCCCUGAGAAGCCAUCGUCCGUAUACUCAUUUUACAACGUGUUAAUAGCACCAGAACCCACAGUAGAGUUUUUUGAAACAUAUCUCAAACGUUUUGUCAAAGAAAAUACUCUGGAUGAAGAUGACGAUGAAGAGCAGAUGGAUAGAACUCGGAUUCAAAGAAAAAUCAACAGAGGAACCUUGAACGUGUAUGAUGAUUAUCAAAGUAGUGCAAUUGUUCACGAUAAAAUAUACUCCUAUGAUCUAUUGCCCAAACCCGUUUAUAACAGAGUAAGCAGACACAAGUACAAAGAAAGAAAUAAGCAUCACAGAUACCUAAAAAUUGAGGAGCAGGAUAAGAAAAGCACAAAGGACACUUCAGAGACAAUAAAAACAAACGCAAAUUCUGACAAUAACCAUUUGAGUGCCAUUGUGGAGAUCUCAAGUUUCAGCGAUAGAACACACCAGAGAAAUGCUUCCAUUGACAACACAUUGAGGAAUGUCAAUACAGAGGAAACUAGCUAUACAUUGCGAGUGCCUAUGGCUCUAUCAAGGCUGCAAAACGAUUUGAAUUCUUUAGUAAGCAGCGUUAGUAAUGACUCCAUCAACAAUCUUCUUAGUUAUGAUUCACUUUGUCAUUAUGAGACAAUGAACACUAUUGACUCAGCAAAAACAGACGACAGAAAGGAAGGGGAUACUUUCGAAAUAGAAGACAACCCAUUUUACUACAAAAGCAAGAAAAUCAAAAAGCUAACUCGGUUGUUCAGGCUGAACAAAAAGGACCAGCAGGAAGAGAGAAUUGCCAGACUAUACCAGUAUGACACCACCUGGAGAAAGGUGUUGGUGAAGCUCAAGCCUGAUGCACACAACAACAUCAUCGUUAGAAGACGAUUCGUUAAUUCCUAUGGCUGGGAGGUGGUCGACCAUAUGGUCAAGAACUUUUUCUAGUUUUUACUUUGUUUUAUUUUAUUUUAUUUCAUUUCAUUUCAUUUCAUUUUAUUUUAUUUUAUUUUAUUUUAUUUUAUAUAUACUGUAUUUUUGCCAUAUUUUAUUUCUAUACUAUAAUAGACAGUUCUUAGAAUGUAAACCACCAGGCCAAUAGCUGUGCAAAGCAUUGAAAACGUCUUCUCUU